AUGGGAGCGCGAACUCCCUCCCGAUCAGCGGCUGCGGCGGCAGUGGCAGCGAUUGCCCCCGCGCAAGCCGCCUCAGGCCUCAGCGGUCCUCGGUCCCCAACCCCACCCACCUCUCAGGGCGUCCCGCGGACUCCUAGUCUCCGCCUUCCGCCUUCCCCCGCCUCCUCCCGCCGCGGCAUCAUCUCCCCUUCAAGCUUUCACGCGCCCGCCUGCCCGCUUCCGCCGCCUUCCCCUUCCGCCUCCCCCGUUUCCUCCCCCUGCCUGUCCCCGUCCUCGUUCUCUUUCGCCGUCCCUCGAGCGAAUUCUCGCGAAAAUCGAGCUUCGGCGGCGGUGAGUAGCAGCGUAUCUCGCGGCUGUGACGGGGGGAGUGGAUCCGGGCAGCGCGAAAAUCUUCCGCGCAGCGUGAGCAGCCAAUGGGACAGCUCGUCGCGCAGCCUGCGGGCAGGGCGAAAUCUUUCAGUGAGCAGCCCCAACCGGAUGCUGUCAACAAAUCUGAACCUGAAAGCAGCAAUGGCGUGUGUCGCGGGUGACUCAGCAACAGGCGCGGCUGACUCACCACGCGCUGGUGUUGCUGUCUCGGCAGCAAUGCCGUCGCCCACUCGGAGCGCGACAGCUGGCGGCAUCCUCCGACGUGGCAGCUUGAAAAGAAUGCCAUCACUCGACAGCAUGUCGCCUGCGUAUGCCACGUCAUCAUCCCCAUCCAGCUCACCACUCUCAAUCCACACCGCCGCCAACCCACCUACCGCAGCCAUCCCUACCGAGCCUCACUCUGAACCUGCUACUGCUGGUACUGCCGAAGCUGCUACCGAAGCUACAGCUGCUGGUGCUGCUGCUGCUCCGUCCACCACCGGACCUCCCUCCCCAGGCCUCACCCCCAAGGCUUCCCCCAUCCCCACUCCGCAGCUGUCCCCAGCAGGACGAAGCUACGGCGUGGAAGAGAAAAGAGUAGGGCGGCAAUCGCUGCAAACGGGAGAUACGAGGGCGGGGAGUGAUUCAGGGGAGUUGGAGCUGGAGGUGAGAACCCCCCUGCCUCCCAAAACUCCUUCUCCUAGGCUGUCCCCCUCACCGAGGGUGCAAAGGCUGCUGCAGCACAUGUGGGGUGACUUGGACGAUGGGGACGCUGCGUAG